AUGAAGCUUUGGUCCUACAUAGAUCAGCUAUUGUACGACAAUACAAUAGAGGAGGAGUACUAUCGAAAGAUGCGACAGAAGAGCUCAUCAAACUCGGCUUUUAUUGUUGGUUUGGUUGCAGCUGUUGGUGGAUUCAUGUAUGGUUACGACACUGGGCUAAUAAACGAUCUACUAGAGAUGCACUAUGUGUAUACACAUUUCCCUAGUAAUCAUACUGGGUUUGCCACUCAUGAACGAGCUAUUGUUGUGGCCUCAUUAUCGUUGGGGACAUUUUUCGGUGCCUUGGUGGCACCAUUAAUUUCAGACAAUUAUGGACGAAAAUUUUCGAUUAUUUUAAGUGCUGGUAUCAUUUUCAAUAUUGGAAAUAUCCUACAAAUUAGUUCAACUGAGAUUGCCUUGCUUAGUGUAGGAAGAUUGGUUCUGGGAUUCGCAGUAGGGAUCUUGUCUGCUAUUGUUCCCUUGUAUCAAGCUGAAGCAUCGCCCAAGUGGGUUAGAGGUUCAGUUGUGUUUACAUAUCAAUGGGCCAUUACUUGGGGUCUUUUGAUUGCCAGUGCUGUAUGCCAAGGGACACGCAAGAUUUCAAAUUCAGGGUCUUAUAGGAUCCCGGUAGGCAUACAAUUUUUAUGGGCAUUGAUUUUGUCAACCGGUAUGUUGUAUCUACCAGAGAGUCCGCGAUAUUACGUACAAAAGGAUAAUUUAGAAAAGGCUCUUUACUCCCUUUGCAAACUACGACGAUUGCCAGAAGAUGACGAGUGCUUGAUUGAGGAAUUGGUGGAAAUUAAAGCAAAUUACGAUUAUGAACGAUCUUUUGGCAAAACCACUAUACUUGACUGCUUUAGAAGCGGUGGUGGUAGACACAAACAAGGGUUGAGAAUGUUGACAGGGAUAGGAGUGCAAUUUUUCCAACAAUGUUCUGGUAUCAACUUUAUCUUUUAUUAUGGAGUCAAUUUUUUCAAUUCUGCCGGAGUUAAAAACUACUACAUCAUGUCCUUGAUCACCUACAUUGUCAAUGUUGUUUUUACUGUCCCCGGUAUCAUUUUGAUUGAUACUGUUGGUCGAAGACCUUUAUUAUUUUGGGGAGGUAUUGGUAUGGCGACAUCUAAUUUUAUCAUUGCCAUCACGGGCGUCAGUGUCGGUGAGCAACAUGUCAAUUCCAUCUUGUGUGUUUCAUUCACAUGUGUAUUUAUUCUAUUCUUUGCUAGUACCUGGGGUGGUUGUGCGUGGGCAUUGUGUUCAGAUAUAUAUGGUAUUUCCAUUAGACAAAAAGGCGUGGCAUUAACAGCUGCUACAAACUGGUUGGUGAAUUUUGUGUUUGCAUAUAUAACCCCAUAUUUGAUUGACACUGGGAAUCAUACCGUGAGAUUAGGUGGCAAGAUUUUCUUCAUUUGGGGCAGUUUAAAUGCAGUGGGUACUGUCUUUGUUUAUUUCACUGUUUACGAGACAAAGGGGUUGAAAUUGGAAGAAGUGGAUUACAUGUAUGCUCAUUGUUCAAAUGCACGAGUGUCAAAGAAGUUCAAAUCAACAAAGAUUCAUUAUGAUCAAUUGGAUGGAAACUAUAACCCAAUUAGUUCCAAACAGCCACCAUCCACAACAUCGAAUGAUUUAACACCGAACGAAAAGGAUAACGAUGAUUACGACAUGGAUCUCUUGACUCAUCAGCACCACGACAGCGAUGAUGACAAUCUGCAGUGUAAUGGUGAUACUUUACCCAAGUCAUCAAAUACAAUCACCUCCGUCCGCCGGUACGAGAGAACUCCGUCAACAUCUAAUACCCUGGACGAGAGGAACUUCAUGUCGCAACAACAACAACAACAACAACAACAACAACAACAGCGUAAACAAUCAGUGGUUUCUAAUGGUAUUUCAUCAAUUAAUUCAUCAAGAUCGGCUGCUCAUACGUCAAAUGUCAGCAAUGAUUAUCAGGAGUAUUUGGAAUCAUUGAAACGUGACUACUCGCAACAUUACUCCAACUCAGCCGAUAUCGUGCGUAGAAUUUCAUCUUCACUACACAAUAGCAAUAGUGUUCACAAUGGCCAUGAAUUUAAUUCUAUUGAUGAAUUUGGCUACCUUCCUGGCGAGGGUCAAACUACUCAUCAUGGAAAUUUUGACUGCAGUGGUGAAGUGAGCGAAAUGAAUAAUCGGUUGCCAACAACGAUUAUUGCUGCUCCAUUCUUUGACCAACCGCCAUCAGAUUCUGACUCAGAUUCGGAUUCUGAAUCUGAAGUCGAUGAAGGAGAGGAAGCUGAUCACGAAGGAGAUGGUAAUGAUGGAGAGAGAAGGGGUUAG